AUGCUUGGCCGUGACAUAUGCUCUAUCUCUUCGAGGACCUUCUGGCAGCGUACCGAGUCCGGCAAGUUUGCAUCGCCAUUGAAGCCUCCUUUCCACAAUGGCAAAUCAGCCUGUCGCAUAUUGAUCCCUACCCAUUCUUCUAUUCACAGCUUGAACAACAUUGAUAAUGGCAACGCGACUUGA